CACGAGCCCAGAGAGAGAGAGAGAGAGAGAGAGAGAGAGAGAGAGAGAGAGAGAGAGAGAGAGAGAGAGAGAGAAAGUUGCUUUUACGGUUUCUAGAUAAAAAGAAAAAGUUCAUUUGAGGAGCAAAACUAGUUUUCUUGGUGAUCCCGAAGUGAAGCAGCAGUUUUCUUAAACAUUUUUGUUUUCUUUCGGUGUUGUGUUUCUUCCUCGAGGCUCUCAAGCCACAUCGGUUAAUUGAAAGUUGCUUUUCACUGCAAGGAGAUUUUUUUUUUUUUUUGUAAAAAGGUUGAUGAUGAAGGGAAGAACAACUAACAAUGUCCAGUCGAAUCGGUCUAUGAAGAAUGGUAAAAGAGAUCAAAAGCCACAGAAGACGAACGGUGCUAAAAGAUCUCCGGAGCAAGAAAAACUCAAAGCCUUAGACACCAAGGAAGAAUCUAAUGUCUCACUAGUCGUAAAUGAUAUAGCUACACAGUCAGAGCUGUCUAAAGUUGAGGAGACAGUGGAUGAUGCGGCAAAUGGGUCUUUAUAUGCUCACCAAGAGUCCGACUCUGGUAGAAUUACAGAAAAAACUGAGAAGGAAGAGACUAUAAAUGGCUCGGUUUGUGAUAUGGCGAAAGAUGGUGAUGAGGAAGAAAACAAAGACGUUGGUGCUAAUGAGAAGACGGAUUCUGCAUCUUGUUCUGAAACCUGCGAAGGUGGUCUAAGCGGUGGAAGUGAGGAGGCAGGUGAUGUGACAGAGAGAAGUGAUAAUUUCGAGGAUGAAGAAGCAUUGAAACAAAAGGUUGAGAAUUUGGAGACAAGAAUUGAGAAACUCGAAGAAGAGCUGAGAGAAGUCGCAGCGCUCGAGAUUUCUCUCUAUUCGAUUGUACCUGACCACUCCAGCUCAGCUCACAAGCUUCACACGCCUGCUCGGCGAGUUUCAAGACUCUAUAUCCAUGCUUGUAAACGUUGGAGUCAAGGAAAGCGAGCUACCAUCGCUAGAAACACCGUCUCUGGUCUCAUUUUAGCUGCUAAAUCUUGCGGAAAUGAUGUUUCGAGGUUGACCUUCUGGUUAUCGAACAUUAUUGCUUUGAGAGAGAUCAUUUCACAGGCGUUUGUUAAGUCUCAUGUUCCGAGUCGUUUCACACAGACCUCUAAAUCAAAUGGGAGUGAACAAAUUGGUUCAGUGGAGCUAAGGAGGAAAAAGAACCAAUCAAAUGGUUUCAAGCGGGUUUUCGAAGACUGGGAGGAAAGAGAAACCUUCACUGCCUCGUUAGAGAAAGUUGAAUUCUGGGUCUUCUCUAGAAUCGUCGAAUCUGUUUGGUGGCAGGUCUUCACUCCUCAUAUGCAAUCCCCUGAAAGGAAUGAGAAACUAAUGGGAACUGUGUUGGGAGAUCAAGAGCAAGGAAGCUUUUCAAUCAGCCUAUGGCAAAACGCUUUCAAAGUUGCUCUGUCGCGGCUAUGUCCUACGCGAGGAUCAGGGCACGAGUGCGGUUGCUCACCUAUCUUAGCUAAAAUGGUAAUGGAGAAGUGUAUAGCUCGAGUUGACGUAGCAAUGUUCAACGCUAUACUGCGGGAAUCAGGGAAUCAGAUUCCCACGGAUCCUGUCUCUGAUCCUAUCCUUGAUUCCAAAGUUCUUCCUAUACCUGCUGGAGACUUAAGCUUUGGAUCCGGUGCACAGCUUAAAAACGCGAUUGGCAAUUGGUGUAGAUGCCUCGCUGAAAUGUUCGACAUGAACACUGGAGAUUCUGUAGAAGAAAGUGAUCUCGUAGAAAGCGAGAAAUCCUUCAGUUUGUUAAACGAACUUAGCGAUCUACUUAUGCUCCCAAAAGACUUGCUUAUGGACUUAUCCGUUAGAGAAGAGGUAUGCCCAUCGAUAAGUCUUCCUCUGAUCACAAGAAUACUCUGCAACUUUACACCUGAUGAGUUCUGUCCUGAUCAUGUCCCUGGAGCUGUCCUAGAAGAGCUUAACGCCGAGACCAUGUUGUCGGAACAGAAAUGUUCAGGAGUUAGCUUCCCUUAUGCAGCUACGCCUGUUACAUACAUUCCUCCAUCAUCGGUCCAUGUAGCAGAGAAAGUUGCAGAUGUAGGACGAGGCAUCUCUAGAAUGUCGAGGAACGCGUCUGUGAUACAAAGAAAAGGAUACACGAGCGACGAUGAGCUUGAAGAACUGGAUUCUCCUCUUACAUUUGUUAUCGACAAAGUGUCCUUAUCACCAAUUUCGAGGGAAAUUGAGAAGGUGAAGCAGAAAGAUGAGCAAAUAGGUGCAGUGCUAACAAAUGUAAGAUACGACCUUCUUAGGGAAGCGUGGUCUAUGUAAGUGACCAGAUGAAUAUGCUCAUAUAUAGAGGAUUGUAUCUAGUGUCUCAAGAGGUUAUAAAACUCUUUAACAACAAUCUCACCCAUAGAGACACUAAUAAGUAGGAAUUCAUGUUUCUGCAGACUCAAAAAUUAUUUGGAAAUUUGCCUAUUCGGAUCUAUAAUGUAAAAUUGAGACCAAGGAAAGAAUAUAGAGUAUGUAG